GCCUAACCGGCAUUUACUAACGUUCCUUCUUCAACGUUAGAGUGACUGUGAGAUAACUGUAUCAAAAUUUUUAAACUUUAAAUCUAUUUAUUACGAAUUGUGCAAAACUGCAUACACUUUCAUUAUUUUGUGAAAAACUGUUGAAUUGUUGAAUUCGUCAUGCUUCCACGACAAGUGUAUGAUCGCCUUAGGAAUUGCAUGAAGUAUGCGCCUAUAAACUAUGUUAUAAGCGGUCUCACGGAAUGUCCUGCUUUGGUAACAAAUCAAAAAGGACACAAAGCUGCUCUCAGAGAUAUCAUCAGAAACACACCUGCUACACUCCUAUUUUACGGAUCGUCGUGCAGCAAAGAUACAGCUAAGAUACUCCCGGAACUUAAGUUAAUUUUGGAGGUCGCCCGCCAGAGAAAUCGUAAGGUAGAAAUUGUCUACAUACCUGUCUACUGCAAACCUGAUGAUAGCGUCACCUAUGUUCCUAACUGUCUAGGGGAGGCGGAGAACUUCAAACUGAAUCACGGGGACUGGUGGAUGAUGGAUUAUCCAUCCCAGGAGUCACUGGUAGCCGUGUACAUGCACAGUGUUGUGGAAUUACCUACUAUCAUCGUUCUCAACAACCAGGGUAUUAUUGUGGACGAUCAUGCGCACCAGGACAUCAAAGAGCUCAGCAACUUAGUGUUACUCUACUGGUUCUAGAACUAUCGCUCUCCUACAAUCGAAAUUUCCUGUGAUAUAUAUAUAUAUAUACAGUGUAUGUUGUAAGUUUGAGGACAUGAGUCUUUCAAAUAUUCUUUGUUGGUUACUUCAACUCAAAAUUCUUUGGCUGUGAUUGUAA